UCCUUCCUCUCCUUCUCUCUCUUACACUUCUGGCGUCCGCCGCCAGAGGCCGGGACAAUCGGUUGCGCGAAUGGAGAGGGCUAGAGGCCACGUGACCUCGAACUGGGUCGUGUUGCGUUUCGAUUAUUUUUUCUUCUUCUUUUUCUCUCCCUUCCGCUCCGUUGGCGGUGGCGGCGCCGACAAACUCUCGGCAACGGGAAAAACUUCGCGGGCCGCUGGACGGGCCACAUCGCUGAGCGAACCGCACCUUUCGUAUCGUCGGCCGGCGACGCUUGCGUUCGUGGCGCGGCGCGUUCCGUCUUGGUAGCUUGCAUGUACGCCGCUAUGCGGCGGAGCGCGUUUGAUCAGCGGCGCUAGAGAACUUCAGCGGCCCCACGGCGGCGUCUGCUGCACAGAGCACCCGUGACCGGCCUAGCGUCUAGUUCCGCACCAUGUGAACGCUGUAUGUUCUUCGCGCUGUUUGUGACUGUAGAAAAGGGCUUCAGCGCAACUUUGCACUCGUGACUUGCGUGUAUGCGAUUCUUGGAUACGUACUCCGGGCUGACAGCGACGGAACCGAGCGGCCAACGAUCGGCGCUGAAAGGUGGGGAUAACCUAGCCUCUGCCGCGCCGCCCGUCAGGAAACGUGUUUGGUUCUCGACCGCGCUGUCAGCCAUGGGUCUCAGCGACAGCGAUGGAAGGGAGCCCAUCCUGAGUGUGGAUGGGUCAAGCCACCCUGAGGGGCCUAUGAGUGAGGCUGAGGUGAAGCCCUGCUCUCCGCAAGGGGGUGACGCCAACCACAACCACCCCACCACUCUCAACUUCGCUGCCGCCGCAACCAACGGGAACAGCACUGGCAGCCUUUCACCACAAGCACCCCCUGGCCAGCCCUCGGUGACCAGUGCAACACCAGUGGACGCAUCCACCCCAGUUGCAUCCACACCUGUUAGCAAGGCUGACAUGGAGCUGCUUGCACGCCUUGAAGAGCAGAAUAGGCUCUUGGAAUCAGACUCAAAGUCUUUGAACUCACUGACUUCAACACACUCCAGAAAAUCUUCGGACACCAGCCAGGUGUCAGUGGCAUCAGGUGCGAGCCAGCAGAGUGCUGCCAUGGACGAUGACUCGGAAGAUACCUGGGUACUAUGGGGAAGGAUGGUAAAUGAGUGGGACACGUACAUCAAGAAGAAAAAUGCCUAUGUCAAGGAACAAGUUCGCAAGGGUAUCCCGCAGCACUUCCGGGCCAUUGCAUGGCAGCUAUUGUGCAAUGCACCCACAUGUGCAGCUCGUGAGCAGUAUGCAGAGUACCUCAAGGCAAGCUCACCUUGUGAGAAGGUGAUCCGCCGCGACAUUGCACGUACCUACCCUGAGCAUGAGUUCUUCCGUGACAAAGAUGGUCCUGGUCAAGAGGGCCUUUUCAACGUCAUGAAGGCUUACUCACUGCAUGACCGAGAAGUCGGCUACUGUCAGGGUAGUGCCUUCAUCGUUGGCCUAUUGCUUCUUCAGAUGCCUGAGGAAGAGACAUUCACAGUGCUGGUGCGAAUGAUGCAAGACUAUCGUCUGCGGGAAAUAUACAAGCCCAGCAUGGCUGAACUGGGACUGUGCAUGUACCAGCUGGAGUGCCUUGUACAGGAGCUGGUGCCCGAGAUCCACAUGCACUUUCAAGCUCAGAGCUUUCACACAUCUAUGUAUGCCUCCUCGUGGUUUCUCACUCUGUUCACUUCCUGCUUGCCGCACACCCUAGCAUGCCGCGUCAUGGACCUUUUUCUCUCUGAGGGGAUGGAGAUGAUAUUCAGGAUAGCCAUAGCUAUUCUCCAAUUUUGCAAGGAAGACAUACUCCAGCUGGACAUGGAAGGCAUGCUAAGGUACUUCCAAAAGGAAAUGCCAAGCAAGUGUGAAACAGAUCCUGAUUAUCUUAUAAACCUGGCUCUGCAAGUGAAGUACAACAGCAAGAAAAUAAAAAAGCUAGAAAAAGAGUACACAGCACUUAAGGUUAAAGAACAUGAAGAAAUGAUUGAGCUGAGGAGGCUUCGUACAGAGAACAGGCUUCUAAGACAAAGGAUAGAACACCUUGAGCAGGAGAGCUCUGCGCUGGCUGACCGUUUGAUACAAGGCCAGGUGGUGCGGGCUCAGGAAGCAGAAGACAACUACAUCAUCAAGCGGGAACUUGCUGCACUUCGCCAGCAAGAGCUCACAGUUCAGCAGGAGCUGCAGAAAGCCAACAACCAAAUCAAGGAGCUUCACCAGGCGCAGACACAGCCAUCAUCACUGGACAGCCAGACAGAGGAUCUGCUCAAGUCACUGCAAGAUGAACUGGUGGCUGUAAAGCUGCGUGAAGCCGAGGGCCAAGAGACUAUGCGUGGCCUUCGCCAGAGGAUACACGAGCUUGAAGAGGAAAAUAAGCGGCUAAGGGAAGCAACACCAGAUGAUAGCGUGGCAAAUUUACAGGAAGAACUGAUAGCAGUGAAAUUGCGUGAAGCUGAAGCUAAUCUGUCCAUGAAAGAACUUCGACAAAAAGUGGCCGACUUGCAAGCUGCCUGGGAGAAGCACCGCUCCGAGAAUCCCCAUCAGUUGGACAACCAGUCGACGCCAUCACGAUGGAGUGGAAAUAAGUCGCAGGUGAACCAGCUUCAGGAAGAACUGAUGACUGCUCGGCUCAAGGAAGCUGAUGCUACUGCUGAGCUGCGAGAACUGCGUCAAAGAGUGAUGGAGCUGGAAACUCAAAACCAAGUCAGCCUGAACCAAAUCCGCCGACAAGCAGAUGAAAUUGCAAAGUAUCAGCAAAUGUCUGACAAGGUUUCAGAGAAGGAACGUGAGUUGCACUCACUUGUCCAGGAUGAGGCACGCAAGAUCACAAACUUGGAAUCACAGAUGAAGGAAGAGAGGAUGAACGCUCGGAUUCGGGAAGUGGAACACACCCAAAUCAUUGCCGAGAUGAAGCAGAAAAUCUCUUCUCUUGAGAUCAAGAAUCAAGAGCUGCUUACGGCUGGUCAACUGAGGGGCAGCACUGAGUCUGAAGAAGUGAAAGAGCUCCAGGAUAAGGUGUCAGACUUGAAGGCUGAGGUUAUGCAGCUGCAGAUAAUGAACAAGCGCUUGAGCUCUGCGCUGGCAGUGGCUCGACUGCGGCAACCAGAUGCACAGAAGGCUGGAGCAGCAGCGGCGACAGCAGCAUCUGGCCCACUCAGCAGUUCACCGCCACUUACCCUGGUGGGAGGGCUUAGUCGCAGCACAAACCUCAUGGAAGAUAGCGUCACUGAGCAGCUGCUUCAGCUUGGACUAGAACUCUCGGUCAGCCAGCACCCAGCCAAGCAACCCAAGCUUGCCAAUGGGGAGCUCUAGUGUUACCAGGUUUAUCUGUCUGUUUCACCCUGAGAUCAGGGGUCACUUGUGAUAUGCAUAAUGGAGCUUGGGAGCUUAUUGUUGAUUGCUUGGGAUGAUAUCAUGUACUGAGAGUGAUCUGUUUACUGCUGAAGGCCUGUUCUGACUUUGCUUGUGAAAGAUAGGUUUUUAUUCACUGUAUUUUGUGUUCUAUGCAACUGAAUGCUUUAACAGAUUAAGACUUGCUUGGAGUCCUGUUGCCCAUUUAGAUGUAACAGGGGAAAUGGGGGCACAGCGAACAGAAGUACUCAUUGUUCUAGACUGCUUCAGCAUUUGAAAUCAAAUAAUGUGAUUUCUGAAGGUCUGUCCUGAUGCUGCUCAACAUGAGAUUGUAAAGAUGUCUGUUUAUUACAUGCAUGAUGUUAUGAUAUAUUCUUGCACCAAAUUUAGUGACAGAGGUAACAGCUAAAGACUUUUUAAUCAACCACUGUGAAUGAAGGAUAGACUGCUGAUUUGUUGGGUAGCAGAGAAGUUCUUAAAAAUGUGUUAUGAACUUUGUCAUGGCUUAACACGUUAACAGUAACGUGCGAACAGUGCUGCCAGCUUGAAAUUUGUACACUGAGGUUCUGAACUCAUCAAGGGUCCCAGGGUCUAGUGAUGUGAUACUGCCAUGCUUUACCUCAAUAAAUUAUGUCACUUUGCUUCAUUUUUAUUAAUUGGACUCCAUUUAAACAUGCUUGUUGGAUUUCAAGCAAAGCUGUUUAUUGCAACCAAUAGCCGCAGGUUUGAACUAAAUAUUUCGUUGUUUUGUUGUAAAUCUGCAUCUAUCAUGGCACCUAUAAACUAUUUAGUUCUUUUUUUACAGAUGAAUUGUAAAAGUACAUUUUGAUUAUUUGUGUUUGGAAUGUAAUGGUGAACGCUUUUUGUUUAGUAAAUAUAGGCAUUAUUGUUUGUCUUAUUUAACUGAUGAUUUUCAUAAAAGUGCAAAAGCUAAUUUAUUUGCUUUUUUUUAAUUUUUUACAGAAAUAUCUAUUAGAAGAUCUGCUGUUAUGUCGCUCAUUCCAUUGACAUAAAGCCUGUUGCAUUCUCUUCGACUAUGCAUGGACUUACGACUUCCUAUAUGCAGAUUGUUUUCUGCAAUGCUGGCAGGCCCUGUGCUCAUUAACAGAGAUUAUGCAUGAGCCUAGUGUAGACGGCAACAGUAGUUACGGGCAUAUAAACAUGUUUUUUAUAGCGCUCAUUCCUGAUGAGAUGCCUGCUUAAGCGACAUACUGUGCUGCCAUUGCACAUGGAGAGCCUUUGUUUAUGGAAAAAUGGCUGCUUUCCAGAGGGCUUAUAGUAUGUUUUUCUUUUGCAUUGCUGGCAAUCUAGUAGAGUGUUUUUUUACUGGGAUAUGUGACUUUAUAUAAUGCCUCCUGGCCUUUAUUUGGUAACAAAACACAAGAGUUCAAGCUCCUUGUGCAGUAUGAGGCGUUUGCAUGUGCUGCUGGAGUAAUGCACUGUUGUAAACAGGGCAGGAGAUAAUUUCUUUAACACACUGUCCAUUGUGGCAUUGUGGCAGUUGGAAUUGAACCAAUGGGGAAGCAGGAACAGUGAAUUUGUAAGCAGUAUCUGUAAAUUUUUUUUUUAGUGUACAAAAAAUUCUUAACUGCCAGGUAUGGAUAUAUGACCUUCAGGGCACCCAUGGUAGCUAUCCUUUGUGGCAAGGUAAACAAGACCCACCUUCACAGUAGGCCAGUGUGUUUGAGUCAUACCCUUGCACUCUUUGCAGCUGUGUGGCUCUUCUGCCAGAAAACAUGUCCAACGAUGGAUGAAGCAUAAGCCUACACGUGCAUGUGCUCCUCAAGCAUGAUACUCCAUGUUAGCUUUCUUUUGUACUGAUGGAAAAUUAGUGCUCUUGCUCUGCAUGCUUAUCAAAAGUCAUUGCAUAAUGCAGUAGGUAACGUACCGCUUAUAUGUUGUGCUUUUGAUAACCUUGUUUAUGGAAAUCAUAGUGAUCUAAUAGUGUUCAUUGUCAAUUACAUUGCAAACUUUUCACAGAAUAAAUUUGAACAUGUAUAAUGUCGCUCGAUCAACACUAAGGAUAAAGCGAUUUUCAUUUGCAUAAUUGCCACGAAAUGCAUAUAGCUAAAAUUGUGCUACUUGCAUUAUUGACUUCAUAAUGAUUUACAUGUUGGUGUAAGAUGCCAGUGAGUAUUGGCAGCACUGGUAAGGCUGUGAUUCCCAUUAGCAUCGUAAAUUUAAAGUGUGUUGCAGUUAGUUUACAGGCUGUCUGUAGCUUUGUGGUCAUGCGCAUCACAUAAGCUGUCUUGAAGCCAUUCACAGAAAUGCAUUCUAUAUGUCGGGCAAGUGAUAUAAGUUUAUGGCUUCAGAUGCAAGAAUUUGCAUUUGUCAUCCUUGCACUAAACAGUUUACAUGCUUUAUCUUUGCGUGUCAGUGACUGUGUUAACAGCACUGUAGAGAUCUUGUAGAGACCUCAGAAUUUCGGUGCUAGGACUAUCAUCAACUGCAUAAUCAGAGGUUUAUGGUCUCCUGAGCUGUUGUAUGUUCAUGGAUGGGCCAUUCUUCUGUCAAAAGCACCAUUAAACUGUUCAAGCUCAUUCAGCACAGGCUUUAAUGAAAGACCUCUGGACACUUUAACUGUGGUACUCAGCUUUUACUCAUGUCUCAUCCCAGCUGUACCAGAGGUAUGUUUCUAAUGCUUCAUGCAUAUCUUUUUGUACUUGAAAGGAUUGCCAUGUUAAUACCCAAGCACGUAAAAUAAUGACUUUUUACACUUGCUGGCCACAUACAAAUGUAAGCUGUCCAAACAUGGAAUUGAGUGUCGACCAAAGAAUUUUGGUGCAGUGCUACCAUCUGGGACAUUAUUGUUGGUGAAAAAAAAAAAAAAGAAAAAUCAUUUUGACCUUGUACACCCAGUGGAUCUAUUUCUUCCCUCCAUAUGUGCUUCUGCCUGUUUUGGUGGAAUUGUGUUGGUGGCAUGCUUUGUAAAGUGCAAGUUUAGCAUGCAAAGUGAGAAUUCUGGAGAAAUGUUUCAGUGUUUAGUAUGUAGUAUCAUACUUCUAGUGAAUUGCCAGAUGGUGAGGGCCCUCAAUAUGUUUUCUGUUUCCAGAAACAUUGCUUAGGCAUUGUAGAAGCCUGCUUUAGGUAUUGUGGUAGCAGCUUAGACACUACUGAACUCAGCUUCAAUGCUCUGAGGCAGGGCUUUUAAAGGAAACUAGGUUUCUGUGGUUAGAAAAAAGAAAAAAAGUGCGUCGAUUUGCACCACUUCCCGCACUUCGUUUUCCCAUCAGUGCUGUUUUAUAUGCAAUAGAAGUGCAGCAGUACAUUAAGCAUGCUUCUGGGUUUUCUGUACAUGUCUGUCAUGUUGCCCUCCAUAGGAACCGAGAUACCUGCUCGCUUGUCCAUUAUGUGUUGGUGAUGUGAUGCAUGGCUGGCUGCUGUAGUUCUUGCUGUGCAGCAUUUUUGUGUUGCUUUUAUUGAACAAAACAUGAAUUCGCUUCCCAUAUAGCCAUGUUAACAUCUGUGAACUGUUUGUUUCCAAGCAUGUGUUCACAUUUUGGUUAUAGUAUAUAUCAUUUUGAGAUGCGGCCUAUGUUUAGGUAAUUAUUUAGGGAUAUUUAAUUUCAUUAAGGUGCUUUUUAUACUUGUAAAAUUUUAUUUGUUAAGCUUACCACAGGUGCAACUUGCUGUGUUUGCUACAUCAACUUUGAGCUGUAUAGGUUGAUUUGGAUCACAAAUACAGAGCUAUUUCUAAUAGCUUUUUCUAUGUGAGCAAGACCUCAUUUGUUGAAUUUUUUUAGGCAGGCCAUUAUGCCACAGGUUUUUUGGUCCAGUUUGCCUACGGUGUGCAAAUGUGUGAAAGGUACGAGCUUAACUGUUACACACUAAGCACAAUCAAAGUCUGACAAUGAUGCAUGACAAAUAGGCUGUAUUACUUUGCACAGAUACCACUUUGGAGCACAAAAAUGUCCCAGUGCUGAUUAAAUGUUGCAAACUUUGAGGCUGUAAAAAUGUGGUUGAAACAUGUUACACAUGAAUCAUAUUUUGAUUUUGAGGCCCAGCUCCUUCACUAAAUCAUAACUCAAGUUUUGUUUUGAAAAAGAUACUCUCUGAGGUCAGUUUUUAACAGAAAGUCUUUCGUGAUAUCAGGAAAUGCAUACUUAAUGUUUUUGUACAUGUUGUAAGAUAAAUGUAAAUCAAGCAGAUUUCGCUACUUUAUUCAAAUUGUGCACUUAUGCGCUUAUUUUAUGAACACAGCAACACGUGUAUCCAUUGAUGGAGCAUACCUUUUUGCAAGACAGGCAAUAUUUCUUGUAAAUAACUUUGUGGCCCCUUUAUUAUUAUUUUCUUUGUCACUUGAAAUGUUAAGGUAUUAAGAUAGACUACUUAAUACACACAAUGUACAAUAAAUGUGCUGCUUUUGCAACAGUUAUACACUCAUUUUAAAUUGUGGUAAGAAUGACGUAUUGUAGAUUUUCAUGCUUGCUGUGUAUUAGCAUGCUAUAUAUACUUGCAUUCAAAAUAGACAGGUGUGCAUUCUUUGAAUGUCUCAAAUUUUGAUCUUUUGUUGUAGCUUCUGUAAUAAACCUAAAGUUCUUUGGUACAGGUUAUUGCAACGAUUGCAUAUACUGAUCUGUGUUAACAUUUGUUUGUAUAUUUUUGUAAAUAAAGAGACAUUUAUUAUAGUUAUUAUUUAUUUUAUGUUUCGUAGGGUGCUUUAAGGGCUAGGUCUUGCAAUGUUCUGCAUCUUUUGUGAUCUUACUUCAAAGUGAAACAUUGCAACAUUAUGAAGAAGUGAGCUGUAUACGGUGCUGUCCUGCAGUGCCAAUGAGAGAAUGUGAUGCUGAUAUACUCUUGGGAAUGACUGGCACAUGAUUGUUUCAGGCUCUGGCACUAUACAAGUUGCACAUAUGACAGUAUGCUUCCUAUAUGUCUUGUAUUCGAGUUUGGAAGGCGCUUGACGCAAAAGACCUUUUCUUUUAUAUACAAGUUGAUGUUGCAUUCCCCUCAAUUGUAUGUAGAAUUAAGUAGAAAGUAAUAGUCUGCUAGUGGCAACCCUAUCUUCCUCCUCCUCAAGGAAAAAAAAAUUGUAUGUGUUGUCGUUUGAUCUUGUUUCCUGCUGUGUUUAGAGUCUCUUUCAUGCCUGUUUACCCUGGCUUCUGUUAAAAAAGAAAAUAAAGCACUACUGCAAUAAA